GUGUGGAUUUAAUCUCCGACUAGACCACAUCCAUUGGAUUGUCAUAUUCUGGUCUAAUAGAUAAAACAUCUAUGUCUGUAACUAUAUCGAAUUCACUUUGCUGUACUGGAAGAUUACCUUGAUAACUCUCUGAAGAGUAAACAACUUAUAGAGGAAGAAGUGUUUAUGUAUUACGUCUUGUGUAAGAUGACUAUUUGUUAUUUGACAAGAGUAUAGAAAAAUGUAUAAAAUUCUAAUUAAUGUGUAAAGAUUCUCUGGGUAAUGUACUCUAUAUUAUGGAAAACCUGGAUUCAGUACAGUAAUACAUAUUCUCUAUUUUAUAAGCAAAUGAACGUCUUUAAUUAAGAGUAAAGUUUUAGUGGAAGUUUAAUUUUUAUCCCAAACUCUGUGAGAAUUGUUACGUCUGAAUUCUUUAAAAGCAAGAACUAAGACUAUUUAUCGUAAGGCGUAACAGGAACUAACUCACAGUAUUGUGCUGAAUGAUCAACCAUCACACACACAUGCUUGUUACCUUGGAGGGAACGUUGGAAGUUGGUCAACAAGUCAAGUGUUACGCUCUCCCAUGGCACACAGAAUGCGUGUAGUGCUCUUGUGCGUGACGGUGACGCUGGCGGCCGCCCAGUCUCAGGAAGACCUCCAGCUGAUCUCGAGUCACAGCCACAGCGAGUUAGAAGCUAUUAUGAACAACUCUACCUGGGUCAAGGCCAUGGUAGACUGCGUUGUUGAGGCCGGAGACUGCAGUGACCCCUUUGCAAAGGCUAUACGCAGCAGUGUGAAUUCCUCAGUCAACUCGUUGAAGAUCUGCUCCAUCUGUAAGGCGAGAGACAGGAUCAACUUACACUUUAUCAUGACUCAGCUGAUACUCAACAAUAUGGAUGAGUACAGGAGGAUCUCACGUCACUACAACCUUACCACUUAAUUAAUGUGUUUGUGUUUACUCGUCUAUAUAUAUUCACCUAUAUAUGGCUGCAGGGGUCGAGUCUUAGCUCCUGGUUCUGCCUCUGAACUUGCCUCAACUCUGUGUGUGUGUAUGUGUGUGGGAUUCUAUAUUCAUUAAUAUCCCCAGCAAUUAGGAAGUCGACAUUGAUGUUUUGUGAUCGUUGGAAUAAGUACAGAAACGGGAAACAAAAGUGAAUCAGGUCUCAAUGAUUCAAGUGGAUUUAGUUUCCGUGUGCCCUCCUCUGUCUCAUUCCUAGAGGUCUGAUAUUACACUCGACGUUUUCAAGGUGUCUAGCAGUUUUCCUGCUCCUUUUGUUUUACUGAAACUUUGGCAAGCCCGUUUGCCAUGGGCAACCGUUUUUUAUUAAAGAAAAUACGUCCUUUAAUGCCCACUCUGGUCCUUCUACGUCCUGUUUUCAUUAAUUAUUAAUUCUGUUGUUUCCCCGUAUGAGUUUCAAAUUCAUUAUUCUGUCGUAUUCUUCUGUGAAAUUUGGCCUUCUGGAAAUCUCAGUGAAGCAACACAGCAACGUUCACACCCUGGAAAGGUGUGUUCAUUGCAAUUUUCAACUCAUUUCAUAGUGGAAAUCACAUUCUAACUGUUUUCCAACGAGAAACACAAUUUAACUUCUUUUUUUUUAUCUCUCAUUCGUUCAAGAUUUCGAUGAUGGAUGAAGGAACAUCUGAAAUAUUAAAAUGCGUAUGAAGGAUUCAACGACGACCGUCAUGAAUUUUUUUCUAGUAAAUUUUCAUUACAUUCUCUGUGGGUAGGUCCAGAUUUUUCCUGUUUUUUGAUCCUCUAGUCGUAUUUCGUCUGAUGCACCUAUGUGUUAUCUUCUUUAAGAUUUUAAUUAUACUGCUGUACCUAAUAACCUGCACAUAGGAGAGAAAAACUUACCACGACGUUUCGGUCUGACUUGGACCAUUUACAAAGCCACAGUAACACAAGAGUAAACGGUUCAAGUCGGACCGUAACAUCGUCGUAAGCUUCUCUCUCCUAUGUGCGGGUUAUUUGUGUAUUGUUCCAGUCACGAUAUUGUGCUUUUUUGUUCUUUAUGCCGCCAUGUUCUUUUCAAACUGCUUCUACACUUUCCUUUUGAUCUUAUUGCGUGUCCUCCAUCGUAUUCUUGCCUCUGCUUUAUUUUUAUGUCCACUGUCAUUUUAGUUUUCUUACACUGUUAAAUGAGCUGUGGCUUCUCGUUGUCCUCUUAGAGCACUUCAUAACAGGGAUGAAUGCAUUUUUGGUUAAAAAUGUUCGUAAUUGCUUGUGACUUUCUCUUGAAGCUUCUUCUCCCAUUCUUCUCUUGUUAAACAUAUUUUUUAUGCCAGCAUGUCACUUCCGUACACUGAUUUCAAUCUCAUAUCCAGAGUCUACUGUCCCUUGUGUUGGCCUCGCGUUCCCACCUACAUGAGGACCCUAAAGGCUUUCGUAGUUGUUGCUAAUUCCUGUUGGAGUUACCCAGUCGAGCCUUUCUAUGUCUGAACCACUUACAAGAAACACUAGAUCAGAAAUUUCUCCUUUGUGAGUCCAUGAAUUUUCCUCUUCAUGUUUCUGGGUUUCCAUGUUCAUCUGAAAUUUUCUAGUAUGUUUUCUCCAGAUCUAUUUUCUUUUUUCUCUAGAUCUGUUUUCUAUUUGCACCUCUUGCUCUUCACAGUCAGUUUUUUUUUUCUUGCUGUUAGUACUAUACCAUAGUUUCUUCCUUCUGUUGAUGGGUAAAGUUUUGUAUAUUACUGUCAUCAAUUUAGCUCUUCCUGUGUUGAUAGCAACACACAGGAAUUGGAAACUUUAUUAGCACAGCGUUUCGCCUUCACAGUAGGCGUUAUCUAAUCUAAUUUGAUAAAGUUUGCACUGGAGGCGAAACACUGUCUUAAUUUUCUAACUGCUGUUUGUGUGUCUUAAUCAACAGCAUCUUGUCAGUAUUCCUAUACCAUCUUUAUUAUAACUCUUCACUUGGUUAUUUUGUGUCAAGUAGUGUAGUCUGAGUAUCCUUCGUAGUUUAGAAUUACUAGUUGUAUAUGAAUGGUAUAUAAUACCCACAAGAGGAAGAAUUAAACACAUGUGCAACAUCUGGGUAUCUUUAUUUGUAGACGUUUCACCAUCUAGUUCUUAUAUUGUAGUGAUAAAUUCACUGGAAGGCGAAACGUCUUAAAAUAAAGAUGUUACACACGUGUCUUAUUCUUUAGAAUUACUAGUUACUCAAACUCCCAUUGUUCUCGUAUCAAGAGUGACUAUCCCUACCCAUCCACUAUUUCUCUCUUACCUAACUUUCCUCCUCUAAUUUCAGAGAGUCUGUUCUCUGUAAUCGCUGUUAUAUCUGGUCAUUCUUCCUCUAUUCUUUCUUUCUUUCUUUGAGCUCAGUGAUCAUGUUUUUUUUUUACCGAUCUCAGUUUAUUAUAUUGUUAUUUAUUUCUAUUUGUUCCAUGGUUUUGUAUAUCUGUCUGUGUGUUUCCUGCCUCUAAGGAAUAGGUCAGGUCACACUUGAUGGCGGCGGAAGGCAGGUAGCGUUAACUUCAGUGGACUGAUAAAUUUAAUGGUGUGUGAUGUUAUAUACGAGUAUGUUGUUUAUUUGAUGAUAAUGAGGCCGUAUGCUUGUUUACUGUGGUGAAGGUGAGCACGGCAGUGAUGGUCUGUUUGGGCAGGCUGUGUGUGUGUGUGUGUGUGUGUGUGUGUGUGUGUGUGUGUGUGUGUGUGUGUGUGUGUGUAAGAGAGAGAGAGUAGUGAGUUGUGCGGUUUGGUAAGACAUAUGAGUAAACACUAGGACAUAUUUAUUAGAAAACGUUUCGGUCCUGGGACCUUGAUCACUUCUAACAUACAGUUUAAAAAUAAGAGUAUAUAUAUGCGGAGAGUGGGAGUGAGUGAAACAUAGUGACCUGAAAAAUGAAACUACUUAUUUUAGAAGAAGUCAGAUAGACAAUGAGGUUAUGCGAUACUUGUGUUGUUAAGUGGGUUGUGCUUUGCCUGGUUGAGUAUCAUAUAUGAAGACUCGUCAGUGUUCAGUGGUCAGUCGUCACGUGAGGUCACAGACCCUGAGCUGCUUUGGGGAUUAGCGUGGACGGUUACAAAGCAUGGCUUGCUUCUGCAGUGUUUUAAAAACUGAGUUUGGAGAGUUGAAGGAGGAGGUCUUGCUUCUCCAGGAGGAGAUUAGGAGGCUGAAGGUCCACCUCAAUGGGCCUGGGAGAGAGUGUGAGGUGGUUGGAGAUGUGGGGAAUGCGGCUUCUAGCAGUGAGGUGCAGUCUGUCUCUCACUGUGAGGAGGCUGUAGGUGGGGAGGUAGCAACGGGUACCAGCAGUGAGGUGCAGCCCAGCACCUGCUACAAGUGGCGAGUUUGUUCACAGUAAUGGGAGGCGCAUCAGAGUAAGGAAAGUUAAGAGUGAAGAUCUGAAGGUAGGAAAUCGCUUCUCUGUUCUCCAGGAUGAAUGUACUUCAGUGGCCAGUGAAUGUAAGGGUACUACUGCCCCUGCUAAUGAAGGUAAGCGCAUUCUUGUGGUUGGUGACUCUCAGGUAAGAUAUGUUGACCGUGCUUUUGUAAUAGGAAUAAGAAGAUGAGAGAUAGAGUGUGCUUCCCUGGAGCUGGUGUUGGGGACAUUGUCAACAGGCUGGAUAAUAUCAUGUCAGGUAAUGGGAACAAGCCCAUUAUCUGUCUCAGUGCUGGUGGAAAUGAUAUUGGGAAGGGUAGGAGAGAAGAGCUGCUAGAUAAGUACAGGUCAGCUAUAGAUUUCAUUAAGUCUAAGGGAGGGAUCCCAAUCAUAUGUAGCAUCUUGCCUAG